AUGACCACAAGUCUACUCAAUAGCAUAUCUCAAGAAAUUAACCAGUUCGACGCCUCGGGUCAGCAGAAUUUAGGUGGAUUGCUCGAGGAUUCAGACAACUUUUUGCGAUACUUGAAAGAUUACCAAGCGGACUUGGAACGUGAAAUUGCACAAGAGGAGGAGAAGGUUCAGAAUGAGGGCUCAUCAAGCGUACUGAAUGGCAAGUCCCACAACGGUACGGCGGCAGCUUCUGCUUUUGGUUCUUCUUCUGUCCAACAAAAGGCAGAUGCAUGGUACAAGUCUUCCAUCAGUCGGCUCAAGUCAUACAAUUCGGCAAACAAUAAGCUACAGAAGAAUGUGUUGAACAACCCAAAGUUCACCGUUGAUCUCGAUGAGGCGUACAGCUACAAACUCAACAUUGACAGCUCUCCAGUUGCCGAGACCAACAUCGAGGAAGCUCUUCUCGAGUUGAUGCCACCGGCAAACCCGUCUCCCACUUUCCUUCCUGCAGACAUCGAGGCCAAGAGCCUCAAGCAGGAAAACAAAGACGAGCUUAUGAAGGCCAUUAUUCUUCAUCUACUAAAAAGGGGUCAAGGCAACGUGGUGCCACUGCUCUUGAGGCAGCACCAACAGCGGCUGCACGGGUCCUCGGGAUCUCCGAUCAUCAUUGACCCUGAACUUGAAAAACGAUUUGCAUUGCUCAACGACAUAGUCGAGGACAUAUGCGUGAAGCACGAUCUAACGCAGGCGUUGGGAUGGUUCCACACAAAGUUCAACGAAAGUGUGUUGGAGAAACAAGCAGUCUAUUCCGAGCAGGAAAAUGCAGAGGCCUUUAGCAACACCGAGUUUAAGUUCCACAUGUUGCAAUUCAUUAUAUUAUUGAAUGGCAAGAACCAGGGUUUUUCGUACGACGACGCAGUGGAAGCCUAUUUCUAUUCCAAAGCGCACUUUAACAAGUUUUUAAAGCAUUAUUUGCAUGAAAUGGCGCCAUUGAUGACGUUAAUCCUUUUCAACUCGGACGGAAACUCUGGAAUCGAGAAUUUUUCCAAGCAAAGAAACAAAGAGCAUGCGAUCCAAAGCUUCAUAGAGAAGAUGAAGAGCGGGUUCACUUUGGAGAGCGACUCUGCCAGAAGUGCUCAGAAUGGCACCCAAAUUGAUUUUGUGUCUGAGCUACUCGGAUGCUUCAAGAAUGUCCACGAAAACUCCCACCUUUUCGCCAGCUUGGCCAAUGACUUUAUUUCCGAGUUUUGUAAAGACUUGAAAUUGUCUAGCGAUUCUCCCUUGUUUCAGAGUAUCCUAGCAGGCCACAUUUAUUUACCAAGCUUUUACAAGUAUAAUCAAGUUCAAUUGAAACUCAAGAGCUUCAAAGCAGCAGCUCAAUUGGAGAAGGACGCCGCCGCCGAUGAUGAUCACGAUCAUAACAACAACAAUAACAAUAACAAUAACAAUACUCAUAACAAUGGCAAUCACAUUAGCGAAACAAAGUCCUCAAGUGAGAUUAACCUGAUUAAACCGUCAACUUAUGAUGACGAGCUUCCGUUCCAACUACUGGACAGAAACAGGUUUCUCUUUAACAACCAUCCCAUCUUUAUUUGCCCCAUAUCAAGGGAACAGGCCAUACCCGUCACCUACGAAGUGGGGACCAACACGUUCAUCGAAGCGAAGGAAGGCGCUCCAUUGACAAUAAAGAAGGAAAAAUACGUGCGCGAAAACACGGCAACGACUCAAGUGGUUGUUUUCAACUAUUGCAAUCAUUGCGCUCUCCGGGAAAGCAUUUGGCAGCUUUCGAAAAAGGGAGUCGACAUUUUCAAAUGCCCUUACUGCUAUAAAAAACACAAGUACACCGAUGUCAGCGAUGCCUUCUUUAUAGACUUGUGA